AAAAAAAAAAAGCAGCAGGCAUCAUGCGAGAGCCUGGCCCGCGCCAUCCUCCUCUUCCUCAGCAUCCUUCCUCCCGCCCCUCGGCCCGCCCCGCCUCCCCUCCCGGGCACGCCAGGAGCCGGGCCCCCGCCACGACUCGCCGCCCGUGGCGCUGACCCCGCGCAUCCCAACCGCGGGCAGCGGGUCACCGGGAGGCCGGGGCGCGGAGAGCCCAGCCCCGCCAGCCGCCAAGCGAGCAGCCCCGCUUAAAUACCUCCGCGCCCGCCUCCCCGAGCCGCACAGCUCGCCGGGCGAGGGGCCGACAACACGCAGCUUUCUCCCGCCGCCGCCGUUGGGGACCUGUGGGCCCGCGUACCGCCGCCGAGGAGCAGGGACAGAGCCAUCUCAUGCCUGCGCACUUGCUGCAGGAGGAGGAGUUCUCCUCCAGUUCCGGCACCACCACUGUCGGCACCGUCACCUCCCGGGUGACCAAGAAUGGGAAUGCCGUCAUGGAGAAGGACGUAAUCAAUCACGAGGACUUGGCAGGAGACCGGGGCAUGAUAGAAGAUAUCUUUGAUGAGACCUACCGGGAGAAAGAGGGCCCCAAGCCCCCCAUGCGAUAUGUCUGGAGGAAUAUCAUCCUCAUGAGCCUUCUCCAUUUAGGGGCCCUGUUCGCGUUGACACUGAUACCUUCUGCAAAGAUCCAGACAUUGGCGUGGGCUGUUCUGUGUUUCCUGCUGAGUGCUCUUGGGAUAACAGCUGGAUCUCACCGCCUCUGGAGCCAUCGGUCCUACAAAGCCACGCUGCCCCUGCGGAUCUUCCUGACUAUUGCAAACUCCAUAGCCUUCCAGAAUGACAUCUAUGAAUGGGUCCGGGACCACCGUGUCCAUCACAAGUUCUCCGAGACAGAUGCGGACCCACACAAUGCCAUGCGGGGCUUCUUCUUCUCCCACAUCGGCUGGCUGCUGGUGCGCAAGCACCCAGAUGUCAUAGAGAAGGGCCAGAAGCUGGAUCUGAGUGACAUAAAGGCUGACAAAGUGGUCAUGUUCCAGCGGAGAUACUACAAGCCCUCGGUGGUGUUGCUGUGCUUCAUGUUGCCCACCUUAGUGCCCUGGUACUUCUGGGACGAAUCCAUCGUCAUCAGCUUCUUCAUUCCAGCCAUCCUGCGCUACACCAUAGGGCUCAAUGCCACUUGGCUAGUGAACAGUGCUGCUCACAUGUUUGGCAACCGGCCAUAUGAUCAGUACAUCAACCCACGGGAGAACCCCUUGGUCAGCCUGGGGGCUCUAGGAGAAGGUUUCCACAACUACCACCACACCUUCCCUUAUGACUACUCCACCAGUGAGUUUGGCUGGCGCUUCAACUUAACCACAGCCUUCAUCGACCUCAUGUGCCUCCUGGGGCUGGCCAGCGAUCGCAAGAAGGUCUCCAAGGAGGUCAUCCUGGCUCGGAAAAUGCGGACUGGAGAUGGGAGUCACAAGAGUGGCUGAGUUCCUGCUCCCUUCACGCACACAUCCACACCUCUCCUUCCUCCUUUUUUCUCCCUUUCUCCCUUCCCGAUCCCUACGAACACGCUGGACAAAGGUUUAAUGUUCUGUUUACUGACUACUGAAUAAUGCUACCAGUUUGCUUACGAUAAUGAUAAUGAGUUUUAACCCCUCUCCCAUGCUGUAUUUUACAUGAUGUAUUUAAGAUCUAGGACUCUGCCUUUUAUAACACAAGGCCACUCCUCUCCCUCCUCUCCUGCUUUCUGUUCUUUCUCUCCAGCCCCUCUACCCCAGCUCCCACCGCUUUACAUUGUCCUGGUCUCUCCCUGGCAUAGGAGCUGGUAGGAAGCAGUCUGGGGAGGCCCAUUGCAGCCAGCUAUAUACCAUGGAGUUAAGGGAAGCCUGUACCAGCCAGCUGAAGAGUUGAGCCAAAGUCAGCGACCCUCUCCCCACCACCUGCCCCCCAAAAUUCCUUCCUCUGUCCCUCCUCCUUUCUCAGGGGCUGCUGACAGACAUGGCAUGGCUAAACUGCUCUCCCCAGGAAAAGCAGCCCUGUUCCCUUCCCUUGCCAUUGGAAAGAGAGAUGUCUCUUUCCAAGAUGUCUCUUGCGAAGUGUUCUGCCCCCUAUCCCUACCACACAGCCUGUCUGGCUGGGGAGGGGAGAGUCCCCAGAGUCUCUGAGAGCUCCAGCCAUGUCCAUCGGUGGCGAGGGGUAUGUGGUGGCCACAGCGGGCACGGGAGGGGGAGCCUUGGUGGCCUUAUUACCUCCUCCCUCUGGCAUCACAGUCUCCUUCCCUGCACUGCCCGCUGUACCCUGUGCCAGCAGGGACUGAAGGCAGAGCCUGGCUCUGGGCUCUGCAGCCCAUCUGGAGAGCCACAGUGAUGGGGGGGAUAGAUGGAGGGGUGUGCCACUGGCUGCCAUGGGAUGGCACCAGCCUGAGGUGGUUUUGUUCACCACCUCCACUGAGAAUUUUGCCGGCAAAUGGGACUUUGCCAAAAUAGAGAAGGGGAGAAGGAUGUAAACCAAAGCUCCACUGCUGAGUUAAGCUGCUUUAUGUGCUGGAGGAACAGGGUCCCUGCGGGGUGGCAGGCAGAUGUCCUGGUGUCCGUGCCUGCCCUGUGCUCCACAUCCUGUGCUGAGUGCAGGGACAAGGCAAGGGAGCACCUGCAGGCAUAGGGAGGGGUGAGGGUAUCUGCAAGAGCGUCUCUCCAUCAUCAGGGACUCCGCUCAGUCGAUUAACAAGUGCCUGAGAAAUACUGACACGGGGCCAGGUGGCACAGGGGGCUCAAGGGAGUUGAGACCUCUGAGGUGAAACACUGCUGCUAGUUUGUGCCACCUCCGGGCUUUCCUGCCCGGGGUCCACUGGGGUUGUUUGCCAUUCCCUGCUCCUCCCUAAGCCCUUUAUCUUGCCUCCCAGCCUCUUCGGCGAGCCAUCUCGCCACCUCGCUCCUUCACUGGCAGGACAGGCAGCAAGGGCGGCUGCGGAAAGGUCAGUUAUAUCACUGAACUGAUGUGGGCACGAAGCUGGAGGGUGCUGGGGAAAAAAUCUUUGUGGGUGUUGUUUCCUGCGAGUUGCAGAAACCACAGGUUGAGUUCAGGCGGUGGGUUAGGUUCUGGGCGUUGUGGCCCUUGAGCCCGUCACUGGGCUGAAUGUGUUUCUUUUUUCCCCCUUUACUCUCCCCAUUACUAUUAAUUUUUAUUAUUACAAUUAGUUGUAGUAAUAGUAUUGGUUUUGUUGCUUAAAUGCAUCAAAUAGAGCUGGAGGAAAGCACAAGAGGUGGCUGGAACGAGGUGAUAUUGGAGUGGGGUUUGCAGCAUCUCCCUUAUUCAGGCAGGCCAGGGAGGGCAGAGACGGAGCAGAUGCCAACUUCCUCGCCUCAGCUCUGCCACGUACCAGCCAGGCACACUUCACAGGAGCGAGUCUCUGCAGCUUUGCUUUCUCUUGCUGCUGUGAAACUCACCAGGAGCCAGGACAGCCCAUGAUGUUCUCCUUAACAAAAGCACGCUUGUUACUCAGAAAAGAAGUCCUUCUCCUCUCCUUUCCCCUCCCUGCUACCACCAUGGCCUUGUUAUUGCUCAGCAAUGGGACCCAUAAAGGUUUUGAGCCAUUAGCAGCAAUGUGGUGUCCAGCCGAGGGUACACCAGGGAGGAACAGAGUAGGGAGCCCUUCAGUUCCCAGUGUCAGGAGAUGGCAUCCUCACUGCUCUCGGGCUCAUGACUGCCUGGAGACUGGCUGAAGCAAAGGGGGUUGUGGCUAGAAUUGUAUCCUACCAUUUAAAAAAAAAAAAAGAAAAUGCCCUCUAAAAAAGGAGAAACACUGUUAGCUCUGUAAUUGCAGGCUGGCUCGGCCAUAGUCUAUAGCUCUCUGAACUCACAGAAGCCUCCAGAGAGGAUGAGUUUGCUUCUGCCAGUAAUUUGAAAUGGGUAUGGGGAGGGGAGAAGAUGAAGAGAAUGAUUACCUUGCUCCUGGUGCCCUUCAAGAUGUUGUGCGACAUACCCGACGGUAGGGAAGCAUGCUGUGACAUGCUGCAGUAUUUUACAUCCUCUCAGCAGAGAAGCAGAGUCUGACAUCAAGGGUUCCUUUGAAAUUUCAAGUGCUGAUUUGGGUCCAGAAUCUGGAAUUAGGGUGGAAGCUGAGGAGCAGUAACCAAACAGUCCUGGUGUUUGCCCAGUCACUUUAAAGGUAGAUUGGCAAAUAUCUCUGGGUGCCUUAAAUCUUUCUUUAGUAUACAUAGGAGUAUUGACAGCUAUUUGCCAUAAUUUUUUUUCUUUUUGCUGAAUUAUGAACAUUCGAGGGCCUUCUUGAUUAUUUAAUUGCCUACAUUGAACUGUGGGUGCAGGUGAUUUUGAAUGUAUUUGAGUUAGAAUUUCUGUUAGAUUAAGAAACAGAUACAACACUUUAAGUAGAACUUUGAGAUAUAUAUAUAUAUACACCUAUAAAUGUAUAUAUAUAUUUUUGGUGGCAUGUUUGUAUCCUGGACGCGUUGUCUGUAUGUUUAGCUUAAAUGAGUCUGUGAGAGGUGGAAGCAGAAAAGGCAGCAGUGGAACCUCAUGGCUAGAGCAGCCGUUCUCCUGGGACUUGUUCCCAGUUUAGCUACUCGCUGACUGUGUGACUUCGGACAAAGUCACUUAAAAGCUCUCAGUGCCUCAGUUUCCCUAUCUGUCUCAGGGGGUUACACCCUGCCUCCCGGCACUGUGGUGAGGCCGAGUGCAGAGGAGGGAGGCGUAUGUACCACACGCACACCGCUGCUGGCAGAAGCAUGGACUGGUUUGUUUUCCAAAACCAUUCCCAGCCCCGCUGGUAUUGUAAAGCGCAGAUGUCCAAGUGUUGAGUUUUCAGGGAAGGAUUGGAAAGUUGAUUCUGCACGUUGUCUAAGCUCUGUCACUGUUGAAAUGUGAGUAGGAUACGGUUUUUCACAGCUUAGGGAUUUCUGCAUAGUAGUAUCUCUGUUUUGUGUACUGGAAAAGAAAAAAGAAAACCAACUUUUUGAAAUAAUUUCUACUAAUAUGGAAACAGAUAUCUGGUUGUGCUGAUCUGAAAUUUUAUUUGUUCAUAAUAAAAAUGUUACUUUAAA